AUGGUUGUCAAUAACACGAUUCUGGCAAUGACUUUCAACCACGUCGUGUUGCCCCCCAAGCUUCCUGGGGAGCAGGAAACUGAGGCUCAGGUCAUCGAGGUUCAGAAUGAUCUUUUGUCCCGGGUACUCGAUGCGGCUGGGAAGCUUAAGGAGAUCAGUGAUGCGAAAGCCGUAGUGGUUUGGGAGUCUAUCGAGAAGACGUUGAGAACUUUAAAGGAGGUGAGAACGGAGGGAUGGGUGAACGAGGCAUCGCUUCUGGGCGCACUUAAAGACCUGCAGCCUGGAAAUGCUAUAAUUGUGCACGUCGCGUUGCAAAAUGCUUGCAUCCUUAUCAGAUAUCCGUCUGACGAAGAUGAAAACAUCAUAUUUGAAACUUUCGAGACGUCGCCCACGGCUGAGUCGACCCUCGCAGCAAAAGGCGCACUGGAAUGGGACUUUCCCGGCUCAGCAGUUUCUUUGGCUCGGAGCAAAUUUGAGAAUCCGGUUUUCCAAAAGAAUCUAGCUGGAUUUCUCGAGCGGGCAAGCCGCGAAGCGUUGGAUGAGUUCUGUCCGAAGACUCAUAAAGCUGGGGUGAAGGUCUCUGAAACUCGCGAUACGGUUGAUCCGGCGAUUAUAUCUCAGUUUCUUAUGACCCUCGUUGAGACCAAUGGUAGUCGGACAUACCCACCAAUACUUCGCAAGCGAGUCAAGGAUGAUGUAUGCUGGGAUAAUGCCGAGCGGCCCUGGAGCGGAGUCCAGAUUGGGCGGAUGCAGUACAAGUUCUUGAUGUGUGCGCUGAUGGCGCAUUUAUUGGAGGAUUCAGUUCACACGGUCGACCACGAGCAGUGUAAUUUCCUCAAGACGAAGGUUUGUCGUCGUCUGGCAAAGCUGGAGGCCAAAAGAGAGAACGCCUCGGCAGUCAUACGUGACGCUUACACUUGGCUGUUUGCAGUCAUUGGACCGGAGUGUCAAAAGUCCAUUGAUACUGUAACGGCAGUCUUCGAAGCCAGAUGGGACUAUUUCAAGAGGUCGAUCAGGAGAAAGGUUGAUAGACUCCCGCAGGCUGCUGAGGAUAAAGACCUGCAUUUAAGUCUGCGAAAUAGUUUGCCUUACUUAAAAGCGGUCCUCGAUUGGUCGCGACAGUCCCAAGGGGCUUGCAAGGUGGUAGAUCCUACUACCCCUGAUAGAAACAGCAAUAAAGGGAAAACAGAGCAGUUCUCCGCGAUAACAACCCGGUAUACAUCACUCGCAGACGUGGAACGGACGAUAGAAUCCGCAGCCCCUGAUAUUCCUGAUGAGAAAGGGAAGUGUGAAGCGCUAUGCAUGGAUCUCUCACGCCAGAUUGAAGACUACAUGAGUGCUGUUGGAAAGGCGUAUGGGAACGACCCUGAACAAAUAAGUGUGUGUAUUCUUAGUGUGUUUGAGCUGUGGAUUCAGAUGGACAAGUGCGCAAUGGUUGCACACCCAUUACUCGCUGAUUACCAUCCCUGA